AUGCCACCUCACAUGGAUUACUUUUACCACGAGUCCCGAGUCCCCUCUGCUUGCGGGCUCACCCGGGAGGAUGAGCUCGAGCCCGGCGUCAUCAGCUGUAUGCUGGUCGGAGACGGAGCCGUCGGGAAGACCAGUAUGAUUGUGAGCUAUACUUCCAAUGGAUACCCAACAGAGUACAAACAAACUGGCUUUGAUGUAUUUUCCGGUCAGGUCCAAGUAGAAGGAUCUCCAGUCAAAGUUCAACUUGUGGACACUGCUGGACAGGAAGAGUUUGAUGAAUUCAGAGCACUCUCCUAUGCCCACACAGACGUCUUUCUCCUGUGCUUCAGCAUGGUUAACCCCAGCUCAUUUCACAACAUCACCAAGAAGUGGGUUCCAGAGAUCCGGGCUUAUAAUCCAUCCUCGCCAAUUAUUCUGGUUGGGACUCAGUCGGACCUCUUACUGGAUGUGAACGUCCUCAUUAACCUGGACCAAUCUAAUGUCAAACCAGUUCUGAGCUCACGGGCACGGGGCAUGGCGGCAAAGAUCAGGGCCACAGACUACAUAGAGUGUUCGUCACUCACGCAAAAGAACUUGAAAGAGGCGUUUGAUGCAGCCAUCUUUGCAGCCAUCAAGAGCAAAACCCGCAAGGUCAAGAAGAGGAGGUCCUCUGACAGACGCACUAAAGCUUUCUCCAGGUGCAGCUGGAAGAAGUUCUUCUGCUUCGUCUGAACUCAGACUGUUAACCCUGUGGGUUAUGGACAGAACUUU